GUCAUAUACCACCCUUACUCUUCUCUCUCUGUCUCUUUUUUUCUUUCUUAAUUUUCUGUUUUUUCUUUCUUUCUCUCUCUUCCCCACCUUUCUCUCUUUCUUGAGUCUGGAAGAAGAGAGAAGGGAGAUGGAGAUGGGGUUGCUGAGAACUUAGAAACAAAUAUCAUCCGACACAGAAAAAAGGCAAAUAAAGAAAGAUCAGUUUUCUUGAACCCACCAACAAAAUUCUUGAUUACCCCACCCACCCCCACAUUCCAACCCCAGGCCACCACUCUCUCUCUCUCCCUAAAACUAAAAUUAUGGAACUCUCUGAUUUACAAAACAACAAUACUAAUAGCACUAGUAAACAAAACAACAACAACAACAACACCACCUCCACCACCAACACCGCCCCUUCUCAACCUCUUCACCACCAGCAUCAGCACCAGUAUCAGCUUCUCUCCCACCACUUUCAACAACAACAUGGCCGAUCAUCAGUUCCUUUUAUGACCUCUAUCUCCAUCCAACCUUCUGCUCCACCUGGUCUUACUAAUUCUGCUAGUCCUACUCCUACUGCUUCUACUAGUGCUUCUCCUUCUACUUCCUCUCCUACUCCUCCACCUCAGCAGCAGCCACCUCAUCUAGUUGAUGCUUCUCUUGCUAUAGCCACUAGAUCCGACUCACUGAUUGACCAAAACAAGAAAUCACAGCCCCAACAGCAGCAGCUGGCAAUACAACAAACACAACCUGCGCAACAACAGCUGCAGACGCAGCCGCCGAAGAAACAAACCAAGGAUCGGCACACCAAAGUUGACGGACGUGGGCGGCGCAUCCGAAUGCCAGCCGCCUGUGCAGCUAGGGUUUUCCAAUUGACUCGAGAAUUAGGCCAUAAGUCCGACGGAGAAACCAUCGAAUGGCUCUUACAUCAAGCCGAGCCAGCUAUCAUCGCUGCCACUGGCACCGGCACCAUCCCAGCCAACUUUUCCACUCUAAACAUAUCCCUCCGUAGCAGCGGCUCCACUCUCUCGGCUCCUCCGUCUAAGUCAGCUCCACAUUCGUUUCAUAACGCUUUAGCCCUAGCCGCUGCUCACCAUCCGUCUCAUCCUUUUGAAGAAGGAUUCUCCCACAUGCUAGGGUUUCAUCAAAAUCCUCAUCUUCUGACGGCAAAUCCAAUCGCCGAAUCUAUACAAGGAGGUGGUGGCGGUGGUAAUAGCGGAGAUGGUGGUGGAGGACAAGAGGGAACGGAGAAUUACCUUCGGAAGAGAUAUCGAGAAGAUUUGUUCAAAGAGGAAGGUUCAAGUAAUCCACAAGGAGAAGCUUCUGGAGGAUCUAGCUCACCUUCAAAUAAGCAAUUCAAGGGAAAUUCUUCACAAUUGCCUAAACCUUCCCAAGAAGCUGUAGCUGGACCAUCAGCCAGUAUGCUUCGGCAUACUAAUAUGAUGCCAGCUACUGGUUUGUGGGCAGUGGCACCACCGCCCACAAGUGGAACGACUGGCAGCCCGUUCUGGAUGCUGCCAGUAACUGCUAGCGGUAGUGGACAGACGUUGUCCGCACCUAUGGCAAGCACGUCAGGAACUACUACGCUCGAGUCUCAAAUGUGGCCUUUUCCGAUGGGUAGUUCAAAUACGAUGCAAGCACCGUUGCAUUUCAUGCCUAGGUUUAAUCUUCCAACAAAUCUUGAAUUUCAAAGCGGGAGAGGAAAUCCAUUGCAACUAGGCUCAAUGUUAAUGCAGCAGCAACAACACCAACAACAACCAUCUCAGCAUCUUGGGCUGGGAAUGUCUGAAAGUAAUUUGGGUAUGUUAGCAGCACUUAAUGCUUAUUCAAGAAGUGGUUUGAAUAUGAAUUCAGACCAUCAAAGUCACUCACUGGAACAUCAUCAGCAACAUCAACAACAACAUCAACCUCAACCUGCGGAUAGCGAAGAGGAUGAUCCAAACAACUCCCAGUAAUAGUUUGAAGUAAAAUCUAUAUUAUUGGUUUUAAAUUUCUAAAGUGUGAUGAGUGAAAGUGCUUGAAAGAUUCAGUUCAUAUGAAUGAGGAUUUCAUGGAAGACAGACACAGAGGUAUAUGUUAGUUGUCAUUUGGUUUUGUCUGUCAUUAUUACCUUUUUUUCUGUUUGUUUGUUUCUUUUUGAGAACCUUUUGCUAGAGAGUUGUGAAGAAUUUGAAAUGUAUUUUGAGAACAUUAGCUAGGACUGAAGAGAGAGAUUUGUAUAGGAGGAUAUAUUUGUGUUUAGUAUUUUUCAAAAGCUCAGCUUGCCGUUGUGUGUAUGAGAAAAAUGCAAAACCGGUUCAAAAAAGAAUUAUACAGAUAAUUCUGUACUAUAAUAUCCAAGUAUAUUUGUUUA